AUGAGGAAGAAGACGGGGGCGACCAAAGUGGUGGAGAGAGGGUCUCGUUAUAAGGAUCAGGGAUCGACUGGGCUUGACGCGGAGGGGAGCUCCACAGCAGAAGUCAUCGAGUUCAUGCCCAAAGAUAAGUUGCCGAUAGUUCUAAGAGACGCGCACUGGCCAAUUUUGGUCGGCAAGCCUCUGAACGUCCGAGAGAUCCGAGCCUGGGCUUUCAUUUCGUCCAUCACUGCAGAAAGCAUGUGCCAGUGCAGCGGUGCAAGAGACCGGAUUCAGCACAGAAUAAAGGCGGCAGAAUUUCAGAUGCACACGCUCGAAGCUCCGGAGCGACGAGACCGUGCGAGUCGGAUGCGGGUGCCGCAUGCCUGGCUGUGA